GACUGGGAGACCGAGUCCAGUCCUGAACCUGCCGCCAGUUGCUAGGUGGUGUGAUGUCACGCAGCCAGUUAGGAUUUCUGAUUGGCUGCACGGGAUAGCCCCCGCUGCAGCUUGGCCGUGCUGGGGGUGCCGGGAACAAGGAACAAGUUGCAACAAGUUACGUUUUCCAGUGAGAAGAUGGAGAAAAAAGUCCAAAAAAUAAGCCUGACAUCAGACCCAGAAGCAGUUUAUUUUAUUCAGAUUGCCUGGAAGAAAGACUUAGGGAACGGGUUCAACGUAACCGUCUGUAAUGGUCAUUCCGCAUGGAUUGGUGAAGUGUCUAAAGAAGACAUUACCAAGGAAGCAAAUGACAUGGAAAUGGACAGGAGAAAAUAUGUUGACGAAUUAAAGAAAGCUCUUAUUUUGACCAUUCCCCCCAGCGCCAAGUACAGUUUUGAUCUUAUGAAAGAUGGAGACAGCUCAGAAACGUUUAGUUUUACAUACGAGAAAAAAUUAAAGGACCUUUCCUAUAAACUUGGAUCACUUAAACUUGCCAAAUCCCAGAACCCUGCCGACAUCAUCAGAGACUUGAUCGACUAUUGUCUAAAUCGUACAAUGGAGUUAUACAACCAAAAUGAUCACCUGCAGAAGGAAAAUGAAAGACUUCAGAGUGAUUGGAAAGAUAUGCACGAACAACUCCAAAAAUGUGUGAGUUCCAAAGAAGAACUAGAACAAGACCUUUAUACGAAAUUUACCUAUGUGCUUAAUGAGAAAAAGGGAAAGAUAAGGAGCCUAAAGGAAAAGCUAGAUCUGGCACAACAAAGAGUACAACAAACAUGUGACAAUUCUGCUUUCGAUACGGUUCCUGUUAGUCAAAUAAAGGAUGAUGACUAUGGAGGGACAACAGAGGAAGAAACUGAAAGUCAGGAAGCCACUACUGCUCCAGCUACAUCAUCCAAGCGUCGCUCCCUUAUCAGCAGUCCAGAUGAUUCUCCAGACAUUGCACCAAGCAGAAAGCGGAGGCAACGGGGACAAAAAAGUUAUUAUACAGAAGUGAAAGCUAAAAACCCAAGGCCAGAAAUAAAAGAGAAGCAGAGAUGUAAUACAGCCCUUUCCAAAGUGACUUCCAAGAAUUCCUCAUCAGAAAGAGCGUCUUCACAAACAUCAAAAAGCACUCCAGAUCCAGAUGACCUCUUCAGUGACAUUUAGCUGAUCCCCUAAUCCAGCUUUACUUAAAACAAACAGAUUUAAACCAAUUAUGAUGUGAUAAAUGUAUAAUGUUUCUACAAAUGGAUCGCUUGUUUCAUAGACAUGCUAAAUGCUUGUCUUCAAAGGCUUAGCGUUUUACUAAUAGAUUUGAAAUUUUGACAUGUUUACAAAUAUUUUUUACACUCCUGAGAUGUAUGUUUUUCAGAAUGAAAUGGGAUUAAAGAAAUUGUUAUAUUUUGCUAAUUAAUUUUACAUCCUGCAAACUAAUUUAGUUUACUAUUUUACACAAUGAAAUGACAUAACAAUAAACAAUAUAAUAAGGCAU